CUUUAAUUCCAUAGAGGCUUGAACUUUAUAACCGUGCAAUCUGUGCUUUUUCGUAUAUCUGAAGUUUACGUGGAUAGCAUACUGAUAUUAUACAAACGCAAUACGGCACACCACAGCAACUCCCUUGAUAGGCACUCGGGAGAGACACAUACGACAUAUGUCUGGAACUUACUCCUGGAGCAUCUUACGUCCACCAUUUGAAUAGGGCUCAAGUUCUACCUCAUCCUUGAUUUUAUCAUCAAGCAAACCACCACAGUACCAUAGAACACUCAAGUACCACACCGCAUUUAAUUAACACAACCAUGGGAAGAAGAGACACAUACUCAGAGCCUCCCCGGAGCCAUCGCCAAUCCCGUCGUCAACCUCCACCCCGCCGCGGCCCUCCUGUUAAACAGAGCGAAUCCGGCUUCGAUUGGACACCGGGUAUUGUUCUCGCCCUCCUUGGCGCCUUUACAUGGCUCAGCCACGACUUUGAUAACUACAAGAAGAAACACGAGCACUGCGAUGAUCGAAGAGGAAGUCGAAGUCGCGAUAGUGAGAGGGGAAGGCGGAGGUAUCGAUCGAGUAGUCGCUAUCCAGACGACGACUAUGAUGACUAUGAUUAUCGAGGUGAACGGGGCUAUAGUCGGUGAAGGAAGGCGAAUGGUUAUGAUAAUGAGUACACGAUUAUGAAUUGGGGGAUCCGAGGAGAUGAGCAUGGGAGGCAUAAAGGUUGCAUUUAGAUGUCAUUGUAACAUUCUUAGAACGGUUACCUCAAGCUCAAGAGUCAUAACAAAAGUCGUUUCUCUUUCCUGGGGUGUCGCUCUGGUGUUAUGGCUGAAUUAUGAUAUGAACCACUAGGGGUCUAGUUCUGUAGGUCUUUGGUCUAGUAUCGAGGACUUCAAC